GUUUGCAGGGAGAAGUUCAAACAACUACGAAUCUGGGAGGAUGUCCCUAAUAUAACUGGGGCCUUUUUUGUCAACAUAGGAGAUAUGAUGGAGAGGUGGACCAAUUGCUUGUUUCGGUCAACACUGCAUAGAGUGAUGCCAGCAGGACAAGAGCGUUUCUCUGUGGCAUUUUUUUUAGAUCCUAAUGAAGACUGUUUAGUGGAAUGCUUGGAAAGUUGUUGCAGUGAAUCAUGUCCCCCAAGAUUUCCUCCUAUACGCAGUGGGGAUUACCUGACAGAGCGAUUCAGGCUUACAUAUGGCUCAUGAGGAUGUACAAGUUGAAGUCCAUGAGCAUGUAUGCUAGAUGGAGGAUGAUGGUCUGUUCUUCAAUACGGGUUUGCAAAACUAAGAUCCAGCUUAAGUUGAUGUAUAUAUGUAUGUGUGUGAUAUAGGAAUCUCUUUCUCAAGGUAUCAUUUCUCAAAAGUCAUUUAAAUUUACUCUUGAGAUAGAACAUCCAAUAUAAAAAUGGAGAUUGUUGAAGUACCUUUAUAUAUAAAGUUUGAAUUAUUUUGAUAAUAAA